AAGAGUAAUCAAAUAAAAUUCGUGUAUUUGCGCGAAUGUAAAACAAAAAAAAAACCAAAACCCAGGUCUGAGAAUUUAAAACGCCCGCUCCUUAAUUUUACAGAGUAAAAAAAGAAAAACAAAAAACGUUGUAAUGUGAAAAUUCAAUUGAAAAACAACAAAACUAAUUUAUUUUAAUACUUUUUUACAAUUUUAUUGUUUUUUAAAUUUUAUUUUUCCACUUUUUUUUGUUCUUCUAAAUUAAUUUUUUUCGUUUCUUUUUAAUUUUUUUUUUUUAAUGGCUUGAAUGGCUUAAAAAAUAUUUACCGUUAUUUUUAAGAACAUAAAAUUCCAUUUACUUUUUUGUUAUUGUUUUUCCUUUAAAAUUUUACUCUCUUCAUCUUUUAACAAAUUAACAACGCCAAGAAUUCAGGGGCAAAAAUAAAAAUUUUAUAGAGAAAAUAUUAGAAGAAGACGACACUGAAGCAACCAACACUGAAGUACCAUAAAAUCGUUUUUUUAGCAACCAAAAAAAAAAAGAAAAAUAAAUUUUAGAUAGAAAAAGUAUAUAGGAAAAAGAAAGGAUAACGAACGUUCAGAAAAAGGUUCACGAAAAUUAUUUUGAGAGAAAAAACAAAAUUUAUUUUUAAUAUUUCUAAAAUUAAUAAAGCAAAUAUUAAAUAAAUUAAUGAGGAAAAUGUUUACACAAACAGAGGUAAUGCCAGAGAAAAGUGCAAAAAUAUCAGGAUAUAUUCCUAAUUUCACUGGAAUCAUGGACGCACUAAAUCGUUUAAGACGGCCGAACUUUUCUCCAUUUAGUUCGAGUAAAACAAAUGAGCCCUUAAUUGUAGUUGAAGAAUCCAACUUUGCAGAAGAAGAUGAGCAGGAAAGUUCGCAAGACACGCCAACCCAGCAAAAAGCUAGUCUUGACAUAGAUUCACCUUGUAAUCCAUACUUACUGUCACCAUGGAGGGAUCCUAGAGAAACAAGAAAGCAUUCGUUGCCUUCACAGCAGGUGACUGAAGGAAUAACAGCAAGUCAAGUGCGACGGUUAUCAGAACGGGGAGGAGAAGGCUCAGGACCAAGUCCCAAGGAAGCAGCAUUCUUGGCAACAUUAUCCCAAGCUCCGGCUCCAUCUGGGCGCAGGCAUUCCGUAGUAACAAUAUCAAAAAUGCCAACAACUCUAUUUGGCCGAAGUCGAAGAGAAUCUGUUGCUGCUAUACCAGGUGGUGGAGGUAGAGUUUUGGGAUCAAGGAGAGAAAGUGGAGCAUCAGUCGGUCCACCAUCGACAGAUCCAUUAGGUAGUAUACAUAACUUACAGUUAGAUAUAAUGGAUGAUAUAGUACAAUCACGUAAAGCUCGCAUGAAAUUGUGGACAACAAGUAAUGAAAAAGUGUGCGAAGUACAAAUUGUUGAUGAAACUGGUAACACAACAAACAAUUCCCAACGUUAUACAAACCGAAGAUAUUCAGAUUUUAUUGCACUUCCAACAAUACCGUCACAUCGUCGUGCAUCUGAGCAACCAAAUAUUGUUUCUCCUUCUGUGGUUACUCCAGGUGGUAGCGUCAACGUCGUUGGAACACCCAGUGCUAGUGGCGGUAUAACUGCUCCGCCAAUACAAAGGAAAAAAUCCAGAACAGGAUUACUAGGAAGUCGAACUGAAUUAUCAUCAAUAUUUAGUAAUUUGACAUCAUCAGCGAUUGAAAUCAACAAAGUUGAUGAUACACCAUCAACAACAGUAACUUUUCCACAAGUUGGAACUUCAUUUAAAGGGAAAACAAAUUUAACAGCCAGUAAUGCAACUGGUAUGUCAACAUCAAGUUCAAAUAUGUUAGAUCCAAAUGUUGGCCGUUCUACACGUUCAAAUAGCUUUGAUGUUUCAAUUUUACAUAACUGCAAGCAAUUUAUUUCUGAUACGGGUGAUCGCAGUGCCGCUGAGUUAUCUGGAUGGUUCGCUAAACGUCAUGCACCAAUUGCCAAAAAGAAAUCGAUACGUAGCAAAAGUACAGCGAUGGCCUUAUCUAAAGAUAUGCUAGAACGAUUACAGAAUAAGGAUCUAUCAUUAAAAUCAGACUAUGGAAAAUCAAAAUUUUCAUCAUCAUCUUCAGCAACAACAUCAACUAAAACUAAAAAUAAAUCGGACAAUAAAAAUUCAUCACAUAUGGAUGCUCAUAUGAUUGGUAGUGCUAUUGAAGGUUUUCUAAGAAAAAGUUCGAUUUCAUCUGGUAGCAAAGGUGCGAUACCAAAAGAUAAAAAAACUAAACAAACAAGUGCUGUUCGAACCGGUUUGAAUUGGUUUACAAAAAAUGAUGAAGAUGAUACAAAAGAUUCAUGUGAAUCAUCAUUAUGCUCAACAUUAAAAGAUUUAUUUGUGAAAUAAUUAACAGGGAAUUUUAGCUUUAAGUUGACCUAAAAUAUUCAAAUCAACUUUUUCAGAUAAAAAACAAAAAUUUCCCAU